UCACCUUUCUCCCACUGUCUGGACAUUUCAAUCAUUGGGCGCUCUGCUUCUGGUUUCCAGACGGUGUUACCUGACGUGUCAUUCUACGGCUGUGUCUUAUGUCCACCACUCAGAACCUUCACCAUAUUCCGUAUUUAUAUAUACGAUGGCAUGACCUGGCCAGUCCAGGGUGAAGAUGUUACACAUGCGCAUACAAAUGGAUCAACCUUGUGAAGAAAGCAGCGACCCCCUCAUCAACACGCACAUCGACUGAUCGUUCUACUCGAACGAAAAACUUGCUUUAAUAACUUCGAAUUACCUUGUUCUGACCCCGUUGUCAUGAUCAGCAUAAUUUACUGGGCUCCAGCAAGCAUGUGAACCCUCCAUUCGAUACAUUGCUACACAAGUUUCAGGGUGGUCCAGUCCCACAAUCCAAGAAGAAAAUAUGUCAAGGUUGCCUAGGCCGAGGCAGUGUAAGGCGAGUCAGCUUGCAGACAUAAGGCCGCCACGUAUGAAGAAGCUGUCACAGACCCUGUACCUGCGGACGAGUGCUUCUUCAUAAAUCCAGGCUACCACUAUUAGGGAUAGCAAUGUAGCUACCCUAUAUAAGACGUCGAUCUCCUACAGCCACUGCUCUCUUGCAUGCCAAGAAAGCUUUUUCAAAUCGCCUUGGUAUUCGAAGUAUCACAAGAACUAUGGAAACAGCAAAGGAAAACGGCGAAUCAAAGACAGAUGUGCUCAUUAUUGGCGCAGGACCAUCGGGUCUCAUGGCAGCGUAUUGGAUGGCUCGCUGCGGCAUCCAGGCUCGCAUUGUGGACAAGCGGGGGACGAAAGUGUUCACGGGCCAAGCUGAUGGCUUACGCGUGAGGACCCUCGAGCUAUUUGACAGCAUGGGGUUUCAGCAUCGUGUUCAACAGGAGGGUCAUGUAGCUGUUGAAGCUAACUUUUGGGUUCCCGACGGGAAAGGAAACCUCGUUCGGCAAGGUCCACACUGCAGCUCCAAAGCCAACGAGUCACCCUUCCGCAAUAUGCUCCUGAACCAAGGCCGCAUCGAGCGAUUUCUGUUAGACAGUAUUCAAAACCACUCCGACCUUCAAGUUGAGCGGGGUGUGAUUGCAGAAACGUUUGAAUACGACGAGCAGAUGAACGACGAUCCAAAUAGCUAUCCGAUUACCGUCAAGCUACGAACGUUGAGUGGCGAAGAAGCAAAUGGUCCGAGUCUUCGAGUGAAUGAAACGAACCAAACCACCGUAGCCAGUGGAGUGACUCGAGGCAAUCUACUCAUGGAUGACUGGAACGAGCUGGUUGAAAAUAGUAGAGCCAAGGAGACUAAAACGGAGAUCGUAAAGGCCAAAUAUCUGAUUGGCUGUGAUGGGGCACAUAGUUGGACGAGAAAGCAGGUAAACAUCCCCUUGGAGGGUUCAACUACAGAUCAUGUUUGGGGUGUGAUUGAUGUGAUCCCAAUAAGCGACUUUCCGGAUAUCCGUCGCCUGGGGACUGUGACCCAUGCGUCGGGUACCAUCCUUGUUAUUCCUCGGGAACGGAGCAUGGUCCGUUUAUAUGUUCCAGUUCAGACAAUAGAAGAAGUCACCACCAGUGAAGGUCGCUUUGAUCGCUCGAAAAUCACACUGGAGAUCAUCAAGCGGCGAGUCCAAGCAAUCUUCGCUCCCUAUACUUUCGAUUUCCAGAUCUGUGACUGGUGGGCUGCAUACCAGAUUGGACAACGGAUUGCGCCAGCUUUCUCCAAAGGAAACAGAAUCUUCCUCGCUGGAGAUGCAGUCCAUACACAUUCGCCUAAGGUGGGCCUAGGAAUGAACAUGAGUAUGCAAGAUGGCUUCAACAUAGGCUGGAAGGUAGCUCUGGUGGCAAGUGGCGUUGCGCAGCCGUCGAUUCUUAGUACCUAUGAUGCAGAAAGGCAUCGGCUGGCCGAGAUGCUGCUCGACUUCGAUCGGCAUUGGUCCGGGCUGUUCACUGAAGGUGAUGAAGAGAGCAAAACCCAAAGCAUGAUCAAAGUCGUUGAACUAUUUGAAGAUUUUGCAGAUGGACGCAAGUCAUUUUAUGGUGCUAGUGAGCUGGUCUGGAAACCCGAAAAUGACGGGGACCAGCCUACAGCUCGGCAUUUGAUCCCCGGAGAGCGUUUCCCACCAGUCAAGCUGCGUAUGCAAGCAGAUGGCAACCUCAGAUGGACAACAAGGCUUCUAGAAAGUGACGGGCGAUUCCGAGUGGUGAUUCUGGCCGGUGAUAUGCGGGCAGCGACUCAGAAAGAUCGCGUUCUGGCAUUGGCACGAAAUCUUUCUGGAGGUAAUGACAAUGAGUUGUCGGUCUUUGACCGUUAUACUCCUCUCGCGGGCCGUUUCGAUUGUGCAAUCGACGUGAUAGCCAUACAUAGUGCGCCUUGGACCCAAGUGGAGUUCUUUGACUUCCCAAAGAUUCUGCGCCCGUUUGAUCCAGUUCGAGGCUGGAACUAUGAUAAAAUUUGGUGUGAUGAUGCUUGCAUAUGGGAUAGGGAUUGUGAUGGCAAGGGGUAUGAACGAUGGGAGGUGGAUCGAAUGCGAGGCGCAAUGGUGGUCGUUCGUCCCGAUCAAUAUAUCGGGUGGGUUGGGGAGCUUGAAGAGGUGGAUGAAUUGACUCGUUAUUUGGAUGGAGUUUUGAUCAGAAAGACAGCCAAUAAUUGCCCGCACUAGGCUUUACUGGUGAUGGUCAUCUCAAGAAAGACUUAGUUCCAUAUGUCACCGUCUAUGAUAGAAUUACAUCUAAAAUCCGAUGACUUGUGAAAUCGACGCGAAAAUGACAGCCUCUGGAGCCAGACACGG